UCUAUUCUUCAGACUGUGCAGCACAGUGGUGCAGCUGGUAGAGCUGCUGCCUCAGAGUGCCAGAUACCCGGGUUCAAUCCCAACCUGGGGGAUGGAGUUUGCACCCUGUGACCCUGAGGGUCUUCUCCGGUUACCUCACCACAUCCCAAAGACGUGCAACUCCAUAGAUUGAUUGGCCUGUGCAAAAUUGUCCCUGGGGAGAGGAUGGGCAAGUGGGAUAUCAUAGAGCUCUUCCUGUGACUGUGUGGCUUUCCUCUGGGUGCUCCCAUCUCCUCCCACAGCACAAAGACCUGCGGGUGUGUAGGUUUAUUGCUCUCUGUAAAUUGCCCCCUAGUGUGUAGGGAGUGGAUGAAAAAGUGGGAUAACAUAGAACUUGGUGCAAAUGGGUGAUCGAUGAUCAGCGUGGACUCGGUGGGUUUAACUGCCUGUUUACAUGCACUAUCUCUAAACUAAACCAAGCAAGAUCAAAGCUCCAAACAUAACAAUAAUUCUAUCUGAUCAGUGUUGCAAUAAUGCCGCUCUAACAGAUCUCACAAUAAGUUUAAUUAUAUCACAAUUACUGUUCCAAUGCUGUUUUUAAAUGGACCAGCCCUCAGCAGCUAGUAACAUUAGUCCCCAGAAAUGAAAUGUUAACAGAAGCAUUUCUUCUUCCUGUAAUAUUCACUUCCUUGCAGCUGAUGAGAAAUAUAUUGAACACCUUUCAGUUUUAAUCAGCCAGCCAUACUAAUAACAAAUGGUUCGAUGUUUAAUAAAUUAUCAGAUUAUCAAUCUGGGAAUUUUCACGCACAAAAUAACGUCAGCACUGGACUCCUAUAACAGUUGGUAGUGUAACCUUGUCAGCUUCCUGCAGCUCAGUGAUUGGAGAGAGAGUCGACUGCAUCCAACCAGUCUGUGUAUGUAAAGGCGCUGAGACCAACCCAAGCAGUCAGUCUGUGCAUUGAAGACUCCGAAACCAGAGAAAGCAAGUUUUUUUUCUGAAGGAGAUUUAACAGGUCCCGGUAAAACCACCAAACAAAAUGUGUCAAGGAUUAUCAUCAAUAUCAAGCUGCUGCUUAGAACGGGCAAAGGGUAUUAAGGCUCGGCUGAGAAUCCUUCUACAGAAGUCAAAGAAAACUUGUCAGUCCGUACGAGCAAAUAAGAAAGAUAAGGCAAGAUCCAGACCCUCCUCAGAGGAAGCAAAGAAAUGGAGACAAUCUUUGGACAAGAUGCUUUCUCACAAACAUGGUUUAGCUGCCUUCAGAACCUUCCUCCGCUCCGAGUACAGCGAAGAGAACAUUGAGUUCUGGCUAGCCUGCGAAGACUACAAGAAGAUCAGGUCAACUGCAAAGCGGACCUCCAAAGCAAAGAUGAUUUAUUUGGAAUUCAUAGAAACAGAUGCUCCUAAAGAGAUUAAUAUUGAUUAUGAAACUAAAGACUCCACCAGGAACCUUCUUCAGAGGCCCACCAGUUCCAGCUUUGACGAGGCACAGAGUAAGAUCUACAACUUGAUGGAGAAAGAUUCCUACGCCAGAUUCCUGAGGUCGGAAGUGUAUCUGAACCUGACCAGACAAACUGAGAGAGCGGCAAGCCACUCCGAGUCCAACAAGCAGUCCGAGACAUGAGUCGGGGAAUGAGAACCUUUUGGGGAGACCUGAACAGAGCGGCUAAUGCAAGCUGCAAAGAUGAAUGGAAAGCAUCAGUGGAAACAUAGUUGGGGAAAAAAAGGGUUAUUUGCUGAGCUGAGUUUGCAACGCUUAGAGAAGGAAUUGGACAUACACUGAAGCUGUUGAGGAUGCAGUGUAUACUGAAGCGAGACUAUUAGACUUUUACACCAAUAUUUUAUUGCUUAUUGUAUAAAUUAUUUAUUGUAUUGCCCAUAACUUAUUUUGAUAUUGGUUACACGUACGAAAAUAUUUAAAGUCUACACAAGAAAGAAGUUGCUUGGAAAUUUGUUCUACUAAACCCUUUAAGAAGAGUUAUUAGUGCAGUAUCCUGCUCCACUUGGGUCUGUUUGUACAAUUAAUUGACCAUUGGAAUGAAGUUUAACCUCCUUAAUAACUCAAAGGAAAAUGAAUUGUAAACAUCUGCACAUGCAUCAAGUACUAAAUACUUCAAACAUCACACGGCAUGGUGACACAGCGGUAAAGCUACUGCUUUACAGCGCCAUAGACCUGGGUUCGAUCCUGACUAGGGGUGCUUGUCUGUACGGCGUUUGUACAUUCCCCCCCGUGGGUUUUUGGUUUCCUCCCGCACUUCAAAGGCGUACAGGUUUGUAGGUUAAUUGGCUUUGUAUAAAUGUAAAAUUGUUCCUAGUGUGUGUAGGGCAGUGUUAAUGUGCGGGGAUCACUGGUCGGUGCGGACUCGAUGGGCAAAAGGCCCUGUUUCCGCGCUGUAUCUUUAAACUAAACCCCACAUUAAAUCUUAAACAUACUAAUUGAUGUCCUGGACUAAUAAAAAGGACUAGCCAAACCUUUUGAAAGAGCUCGCCACUGAGAGCAAUAUAUUAGUUGUCUACCUAAAUAAUUCUGGACAUUGGAACAUGGCAUCGGACGCCAUUUUUGUUGCUGGAUUAUCCCAGCGACAAAACCCAAGCCACUUAGCAUCCAUUUCUAAAGCAGAUGGGGUUCCAGAUCGAGUGGGAAAGGUUACAUGCUGUCGCUACCUGCUAAAGAUUUGUUUCUGCUCUCACCACACUAUCUGCUGCCUGGCAGUUCAGUUUUUUUCCUUUAACUAUUUACAUACAAGUCUUUGAUUUUCUCCAAGUGAAAAUACUAAGAGAAAACAAAAUAAAGAUUGUACAAUAAAAGGAUUUCCUCGUUCAUAUUGUGUACAAGGCGUAGAAAAGGAAUGUGGUAAAGGUAUGUGGUGAGGUACAUGAAAUCCAUGGAGCACAAAGUACUAUCAUUAAAAUGGUACUGACUAGCGGAGAGAUGUAUCAUUUGUGAGGGAGAAACUGAGGAUUCACGGUUCAUUGCAUGAUUAUGCGCAUGUAAUCUGGUCUUAAUGUGAGUAUUUAUACUCUUGUGAAAGAAAGACUGGAUUCAAAAUUAAUUCCAUGAUUUUGAGCAUGCAAUCUGGUCUUAAUCUUUAUAAGACAGUGUUACAUGGGCAAAGGUAUACCUUAAAGAAAUGAAUAGGCCCUGUGGUGUGUGAAUGCACCAGCAUUGUUAUAGCUGGACAUCGACAACUGUGACAUGUGAAGAGUAAUGUGAUGCUUGGAUUGGAAAGAGAUCUAAGCAGUUAAAUGCAAGGCCUUCCAGGGAGGUGGGAAAUCUGCAGAAGCGGGUUGUAAAGACAGUGGGCAACAUCAACAUACCUGAAGAAAUGAAUCAGAUAUUUGUUGAAUGAGGCUCAUAGACACGCGAUGCUGCGAAAUGUGUAUGAACCGAGUAGGGAGAUAUGAACAAAUGGAAUUAUUGGUACCGGGAAUGGAUACUACAGGGAUGUUAAGCAUAGAUGUUGACAGUCACGAGCAAUGAGAAUAAUGUCAUGCAUGUAUAUAGAUGGUUGUUUGUAUGUAUGUCCGUUACUUUCUUUUAAAAAAGGACGCAAUUUAAUGUAUAUAAGCUAAGUGUGACUUUAAUGUACCAUAUGAAAUGACUUCUCAUACAUUGUUGCACCAGAUUGCUCUCAAUAAAAGAAGUUUAAUUGAAAGCUCUAUCUCUGUUAUUUACCUUAAUCUUCUUCUUUUCGUGUCCAUCUUGUUACAAAUGUUGACCUCGUUGUCAUCGUCCGUCCUGAAAAGGACGCAAGCUUCCGGCGACAAUUAGUGGAAGCCAUCAUUUGUUGCAAUAGAUGAUGGUGGUUGCAGAAAUAGCUCAGGAUACUUCUAGUUUCCAGCCCCGUGAUGUGGACGCUUCUGCUAUGGGGCCAUUUACCUUAGUAAAGCAGCAUAACCCAAGAGCCAAUAGGUAUGGUUGGUAACCAUUUUAACUUCUCUUCCCAAUCCCACACUGAGGUUUCUGUUCUGGGCCACCUCCAUUGCCAGCGUGAGGCCACACGCAAACUGGAGGAACAGCACCUCAUAUUCUCCUUGGGUAGCUUACACCCCAACCAAUGUGAACAUUGAAUUCUCCAAUGCCAUGUAACAACCCCUCUUCCAUUUAUUUCCUGUACACCCUCCUCACUCCAGUGCGCACCCAUUUCUCCCAUUAUCCCGGAUGCCUCCCUCUAUGACCCUUCCACCUAUAUCCCCCUCCCUGACUUUACAUUUCACUUCUCUCCUUGUGACACUCAUUUCUUCUCUAGCCUUUGUCACUUCCUCC